GCCCUAUCCCUGCCCCGCUUUAAUGGCACGCCAAAUGUCUGCGUUCUCUAGGCUUCCUCCUAUCAUGUAUUCCUCUCCGACUGAUAUAUCCAAUAUCGCUGUGAACAGAGGGAAUUGCAUUCCGGUGGUAGACUCUGUUUUCGGUGCGAGAUAAGUGGGAUCCGCGUCUUAACCAAGACGUGGAAGGUGAAAGAGUCAAAACUGUUAGCGAAAAAUUUUAUAUCUCACAGUAGAAAUUUUAUAACCGCACCCGAUCUUGAUACACGGCGUGUCAUUUGCCUUAUGUAAUGAAAUUAGCCGCGCACAAUCUCGGACAGACGGUUCCACGCGCUCGUUAUACAAGCUGUUCGUUCGCCAGAGUCGCGAGGACUCACGGAGUACCGUCUGCGGUUCGCUACUCAGAUACGGGGGAAAAUGCACAUUUUAUUUAUCCGCGCCCGGAUAGAUCGCAAUCGGCUCUCGUCGUAUCUCACACACGCGAUAAUCCCGUUUCUAUAAUUUUAUUAUAAGUACCGCACUUAUCUAUGAAUUUUUUUGUUAGAUUGUUGGAAUUCCAGGUUGUUGCAUAGACAGGUAAUGUCGGAUAAGGCAAAUACAAUGAAGCUGGAAGCUGAAAUGGCUGCACCAUUGCAUUUGCAGAGAUUGGAACGCAGUCUCAAUAUACAACCUUUUCUGAAACAUAUUAACAAUCUUUUUCAAGAACACUCUAGUGAAGAUGACAAGUCUGUAUCAUCAGAAUCCUCAGAUGGUUCAGAUGCUUACUUUGACAAUGUACAUACUCGAAAGGAAGAAACAAGACUUAAUAAGUUCAGAUUGUACAAUCUGUCGAGUGUGGGAGAAGAGCGACAUUGGUUACAGGAUAUUCUGUUGAGUGAUUCUUCUGACAGUUCCGCAUCAGGCUCUGACUCAGAUAGCGAAGUUACAGAAGAAGAUUUUCAAGACAUGCUGAAGUUUCACAUAUUACGAAAAAAGUAUCAAGGUCGUUUUUAUCAGAAACCAGAAAACAUACAGUAUCAGUAUUAUAGCGCUGGUUUGUUGUCAAAUUAUGACAGAUUUUUAGAUCACCAAAAGCUGAUUGUAGGUAACAAAAAGAAAAAAGAGAAGAAGCCAGAUAAAAAAAUUAUGAAAAUCAAGAAAGAAAAAAUUAAUCGCCAUCGUGGAUCUGGAGAAUAUCAUAAAGGAGAUUUGGAGGAAGGAGAAUGGGACAAAUCUACUCCCAGAGAAGAAGAAUUGGAUGAAUCCGAAUUGGAGACUAUGAUGCGCCAUCAGCCUAGAGGUAGAGGAAGAAAAAAGCACAAUACCAAAAGUGUAGAGGUGAUGACGAUGAGGAGAAGAAAAAUCUGGGUUAUGAUGUCUAAAAAGGAAUUAGGAAAAGUACAGAGGGCAAAAACCAAUAAUCACAAAGAAAUGCUGAUAAGUUGUAAAAAAGUAGCGCAGCAUUGCAUGAAGUAUUGGCGACAAAAAGCUAUGCAGUCUCAAAAAAAUAUGAAAGAAACUAUCUGGAGAGCAAAAAGAUUAACAAGAGAAAUGCAAACUUACUGGAAACGUUACGAUCGCGUGGAACGAGAAACCAGGAGAAGACUGGAAAAGGAAGCUGAAGAGCAACGUAAAAUGGAUGUGGAACUUAUCGAAGCAAAGCGUCAGCAGAGGAAGUUAAAUUUUCUGAUUACUCAAACAGAGCUGUACGCUCACUUCAUGUCGCGAAAAAUAAACAAAAUCUCAGCGGAGGAGCAAUUGAGAAUACUGAAUCAGUUGGACGAGGAAAAGAAUCCAAGACUAAUCGGCAUCGACGAUUACGACAGCGAAAUUAUGAAGCAAAAGGCAAAGAAAAACGCCACUGAGGCGUUUAACAAUGAAAAAGCCAGAACCAAGCAAUUCGAUACAGCCGCUGCGUCCCAAGAAUUGCGUCUUAGUGAUACACCGGAGAAUCUGGAGCAUCCACAGCCUUCGAUUUUCAAGGGAAACUUAAAAGGCUAUCAAUUAAAGGGGAUGAAUUGGCUGGCGAAUCUGUACGAUCAGGGUAUCAGUGGAAUAUUGGCCGAUGAGAUGGGUCUGGGAAAAACCGUACAAUCUAUAGCGUUUUUAUGUCACGUUGCCGAGAGAUACUCCGUUUGGGGACCGUUUCUGAUCAUAUCCCCGGCUUCAACAUUGCAUAAUUGGCAGCAAGAAAUGGCGAAAUUCGUGCCGGUAUUCAAAGUGGUUCCGUACUGGGGUAAUCCUCAAGAACGCAAGAUACUGAGACAGUUCUGGGACACGAAAGACUUGCACACAAAGGAAGCUUCUUUUCACGUGGUUAUAACGAGUUAUCAAUUAGUAAUUACGGAUUACAAAUAUUUUAAUAGAAUAAAGUGGCAAUACAUGAUUCUAGACGAAGCUCAAGCUAUAAAAAGCACAAGCAGUAUGAGAUGGAAGUUGUUACUUGGAUUCAGCUGUCGUAAUAGACUAUUGCUCAGUGGUACUCCUAUACAAAACAGUAUGGCAGAAUUAUGGGCGUUGUUGCACUUUAUCAUGCCGACGUUGUUUGAUUCGCACGACGAAUUCAACGAAUGGUUUUCCAAGGACAUAGAGAGCCACGCGGAAAACAAAACGGGAAUAGAUGAAAAACAUCUGUCGAGGCUUCAUAUGAUUCUCAAGCCUUUUAUGUUGCGAAGAAUAAAAAAAGACGUGGAAAAUGAACUGUCCGACAAGAUCGAAGUAAUGGUGUAUUGCCCGCUCACGACUCGUCAAAAGCUGCUUUACUCAGCGUUGAAGAAAAAAAUUCGAAUAGAAGAUUUGCUGCACUACACAGUAGGCGGAGGAGAUACUACAUCAAACGACAAAAACUUCACUUCUAAUCUCAUGAAUCUAGUCAUGCAGUUCCGAAAGGUCUGUAAUCAUCCCGAACUUUUUGAACGUAGAGACGCCAAAUCGCCGUUUUUCGUGCAAACAGAAUCCUACAACAUGCCCGCGUUGUUGUACAACGAAGGGCUUUUGCAUCUGGCACUGCCAUCCAAAGAUCAUCUGCUGUACAAUAAGUUAUUUAUAUUUGCUGCUGAAUACAUUCAUCGCGCUCUUCACUGCAGCGAGGAUCCGCACGAGAAUAUGUUUUCAUUUAGUAGAUUCAUCAACUUAUCUCCAAUGGAAAUGAACAAAACGUUCAUUGACGGUAUCUUAUUUAGGUGUGUAAAUAUUAUUAUAUUAUUUAAUGAGCAAAAACAACUCCGUACACAUUAUUUUGUAGUUCUUGUUGUUGUUUUGUUUUUUUUUUGUUUUUUUUUUUUUUACAAAUUUUUCAUUUGCAGAUUAUGUCUCAUAACGUUUAUGGAAAGAAUGUUGAAAAUGGUGCAGUACUGGGAGAAUUGGCGCUUCGACAACAGAUCCCGCGUGCCCGCGAAUCAAAUGUUGUAUUUACCCAGAAAAAUUGACACUUCGUCGGCGGCGUUGCAGGAUUUAUUUUUCACAAAAAAAAUAAUCGACGGAGAGCCUUUCUACACGCACACCACUCACACGAUACACUCGAUGCCGGAAACCGUCGCCCAUAGAAUAUUACGUAGUAGUAAAAAAGCCACUCAGCUAUCUAAAUUGCAAAGAAUUGUUCCCGUUGGCAAGACGGAACAAAUAGAAGAUUCCAAGUUAACUCUGCUACCUGAGCAUCCUCAUCACCCACGGCAGCCUAUAAUGCGAUAUUGCCAACAGACAACGAUUCCUGCCUUCGUUUGCGAUAAUAAUCCCAAGGUUCAAGCUAGUCCGCGAAAAUUAUACGUUAGCAAUAGUUCGGCGGUGUGCGCCUGGAAGAGGCACGAGGAAUGUGGCGGUCAGUUCGGUCAGAAAGUACUUCGGCUUGGUUGUGAGCGAGCGCUUUCCGAAAACGCGUCUGGCAUUCGCGCGGGCCGAACCACGUUCUGCUAUCAGCCGCGUGGUGGAUUGUCCGCGUGCACACCCGUUAACGGAUGGUCGCAUAUUAUUGUACCAGAUAAACAAACAUUAGUGACAGACGCCGGCAAACUCUCCGUAUUAGACAAUCUCUUGCGACGUCUUAAGGAACAAGGUCACAGAGUGCUGAUUUAUUCUCAGAUGACGAAGAUGAUCGAUUUGCUCGAGGAGUAUAUGUAUCACAGAAAACACACAUUUAUGAGAUUAGACGGUUCCUCGAAAAUCUCCGAUCGUCGGGAUAUGGUGGCGGAUUUUCAAAAGAGGGCGGACAUAUUCGUAUUUCUGCUCAGCACAAGGGCCGGCGGCCUGGGAAUCAAUCUCACUGCAGCAGACACGGUGAUAUUUUACGAUAGCGAUUGGAACCCCACUGUGGAUCAGCAAGCCAUGGAUCGUGCCCACAGACUUGGUCAGACCAAGCAAGUCACGGUCUACCGAUUAAUAUGUAAAGGAACUAUCGAGGAGCGAAUUUUGCAGAGAGCGCGUGAGAAGAGUGAGAUUCAACGUAUGGUCAUAAGCGGCGGUAACUUCAAACCUGACACACUGAAACCGAAAGAGGUCGUGUCGUUGCUAUUAGACGAUGAGGAAAUUGAGGCAAAAUACAGCCAACGAAGCGAGGAGAGAAAGCAGCAGCGAGCGGAGGAGGCUCGGCUCGAGUCAAACCUACAGCACAAGGAGAGGGACCGGAAGAGGAAGUUAACCGCGCUUCCGGUCAAGAACGACGCGAAGAAGCCGUGUCUAGCGGAUGCUCAUGGCGACAAAAACAACGAUACCGUUCAAGUUAAUCUUAAUGAGCCUAAAUCGGCCGCCAAUCCGAUUCAGUCACAGCACCAGAACAAUCAUCAUCAGCAGCAAUUAGAAAAUGUGGAUAAUUACAGCACGCCGACUAGUCCAGCCAAAUCAGAGGACGAAACUAGCAACGAAGGGCUUGUGGUCGACGUAGACGGUCCGACGGUAGUUUCAAGCGGCAAGCCGCGAAGUCUCCAUCAAUUCGGAGAACCUCCAUCCAAGGUUGCCCGACUCGGGCAUCACUUCGCUCUCGGCAUAGGCGCGAGCGCGCGUAUGCGACAAUCCGUACGCGGCGCGAGCAAGCGCGGUCGACCGAGAGGAUCCCGUAGAGGUGGACCGAUCGGGGGUAAAGGACGCGGAUUGCUUAUGAUGCACGCGUCCUCAAAAAAUUCCGGCACGGUAAUCAACGAAUCGGCGUCAACGGCUUCACUUAUUGAUGGCGGUGGAUCCUCGAACGAGCAGGCUUCGCAGCAUGGGAUGCACGUUUCCGAUUCUGCCGACGGGGACGGUCCUAGCACGGUGGGUCCUAUGGGUCCGGUUGGUUCUCUGAUGCCGCUGUCACGUGGCGGUAUGGCGGGAAUUCGGCGGGGUCCUGGCAGACCGCGAUUGAGACCUAGCGGGCCGGGACAUCAGGGAUACCGCACGCCCGGUCAUCAUCACGGGAAGAAGAUUCAACGGCCACUUCCGGUGCCGGUCAGAUCCCAUCAGACGAGUGUCGGUCAGCAGAAAGCUUCGUCGUCGCAGCAACGUCACAGCUCUUCGGCGACCGGCUCGUCGUCCGCGGCCGCAAAUUCGACGUCGUUGUUGACGUCCGGCUCGUCGUCGUCCUCCUCCUCCUCCACAGAAUCACGUCCGUUUGGAUAUUACACGCAGCAGCAACCGCGCGCGGGAUCGUCGUAGCUCUACGGGGGAGAAGCGAGUCGACUUCGGGUUCUGCUCGAACACAGUUAACGAGAUCUCGCUUUUAGGUAUUUCAGCACUUGAAUGUCACGGUCUCAAUUGAAUUGUGUAUUUAUUGUGUAUCGUAAGAGUUUUGAAUUUUCCGUCAGUAGGUUGUUCCCUACGCGUAGGCUCAAGCGUGCAAUACCGGAACGAAAUUUUAUCGCUCAUUCUUGUGUCGCUCUCGUCUCGCGUUCAAAAUUGUGUCCGCACGUGUGAAAGAAAAAAAUAGCGUUUCGACAUUUUGCGGUCAAGAUAAUUGUUACGAUCUCGCGAUUGAAAAGAAAAAAAGAAAAAUACGUUGCGAUCGUAACACGAAGUGUACGACUGUAAUUUAUUUUGUUUAUUUGUGACAUAUGGAGAAAAAUAGAUUCAGAGAACGGGGGAGGUAUAUACAUGUCGAACAUUUAAAAACUGUCUUACAUAAAUCUCUACUAGGUACUUAAUUUGAUACUUGACUUCGCGACUAAAAGUCAUCUUUUUCGGUUUUGCAGCGAUUUAGUCCGACGUUCAUCAUUCGCGGCGGGGGUGAAACGAAUAGAUUCUUCUGAUCAAUGAUCGAUUAUUUUCGCGCGCGACGCGUGGUUACCACGCGUGUAGCUGUUGAUUUUUAUUUUAAGUGUACGAUUACGUUCACGACGUGUCGUCGAAUUCUGACGACGAUCAUGGAUACAUCAUAUAUUUUCGGCGAAAUUAUGAAAAUACAGAUUAAAAAAAUUAAUCACGUAAAAAAAAAAAAAAAAAUAAAUCAUACAAAAAAAAAAAAAGAGAACGGAAAGGUGUUCUUAUACGUUUGCCUUUCUCUUCUUUUUUCUCAUUCAUCGCACUCUCAGCGCCAUUGUACAUUGUCAUUAACGAUUAUUCCGUCACUAGACUCGACUAGCCGAUAUUUUUUAUGCAUGUUAUGAAAUGUCGUUAGACCAAUUCAAUUUGUAAAAGAAUAGUAUUUAUAUUAGCAAUAAAAUGAUAAAAAUUUAA